AUGCCUAACAAUGAGACAUUAUCUGAUGAUAACGACGGUUAUGAUGACCAGUGGGUUGGAUUUUUACUAUUAUUAGUAGCAUGUGCAUCAUUUGGCGCUAUGUUUGUUCCAUUAAGGAAGCAGCGGUGCAAAGACGGUAAUAUUUAAAAAUGUAGUACAUAUUUUAGAAAUAUAUAAAUUGAAACCAUUUUCCUUCUCUAAAAAUGUCUUUGUUUGAUCAUAUACUAGUUUCUGACAAUGAUAUAAUUUUUAAAGGUUUUUUUGUGCAAUGGGUACAAUGUGCUGUAGUAUUUUGUUGUGGAUUUGUGAUUUACAUUGUUCGCGACUUUCCACCAUUUGAUCCGAUAGCCAUAAUUGGAGGCUUUUUGUACGCUACCGGCAACAUUUUUUCGGUUCCCAUUAUUGAAAGUGAACUCGGAGUUGGCCUGGGAAUGUUGAUAUGGACUACAGUCCAAGUACGUUGAAGCUUACCCAAAUUUUUGGUUUUUUAUGUGCUUAUUUGUAAGAAUCUUUUAAAAAAUGACGUAAAUUGUAAAAAACCAAAAUUUUACUAAAUAAUAUUAGUUUUAAUGACAAAUCAAAAAUAUGACUAUAUUAAUACGGCUCGUCUAAAACUUGCAUCUUUUAGAUUAUCGUAGGAUGGUGUAUUGCUCGGUUUGGUAUGUUUGGCACAAAAACGCAAGAAGUGAAAAGUCUGCCCUUGAAUUACAUAGGACUGGGUCUUACACUAAUAAGUGGUAUCUUAUUUGUUAUGGUAAAAGGUGAAAAAAAGGGACAUACUAACAACGAAGAACGAAAAGAGACGACAAGUAGACGGUUUAUCACAAAAGCUAAACUAUUGUAUGUAAUUUUUAUGCAACGUUGUUUCCUUAAAACUAAAAAAAUGUGGGAGGGGGAAGAACAAGACUGAUAAGUAAACAAUGUCCAUAAUUUUAGUUAUAUUGGUCUUGCAGUCACAUUGGGGCUGUUACAUGGAUGUAUGUUGACGCCGAUUGUGUACAUCCAAGACAAUAAAACGGGAGCAUCUAAUCACGGUAAUAACGCGAAAACAUAGUAGAGGUUAUAAAAAUAAUCAUAAAAUAAUAACAAGAUUUUUUAGGAUUUAAAAUUAGUAAAUUUAAAAAAAAAUUUAAAAUAUACAUAAUUAAAACUUUAUUUUAGCAAUCGACUAUUUGUUUGUUCAUUUUUCGUCCACUUUUUUCUUUUCUACAGUAUACUUUGUUGUAUAUUGUUUGGUUAGGCGUACUCGUGCUGUAGUCAAUGUUCAGUUGGUUGGUCCGUCAGUUUUAUAUGGUCUAUUGUGGACAUUGGGAAUGUCAUUAUUUAUUAUAUCAAACAGAAUUGUUUCUCAAACUGUUAGUUUUCCUAUUGCGACUAGAGUAAGUAAAAUUAAUCUUUAAUAGCCUUGUACUGAAAAAGAAGAAAUAAUUCGUUGUUUUUAGCUAUAUGUAAUUUUAUUCAAGAGUUUACUCAUAAAUGAAAAAUAACGUAGUAAAAAAACAUUUUUUAGCUUCCUGCUAUAAUUGGUGCUCUUAUAGACGUCUUCAUAUUCAAAACUAUUAAGGUAAUAGUAAAAAAUUAUUUAAAGUUUUACGAAAUUCUUUCAACAUCUAAAGACAAAUUUUUUUAAUUAAAAAUUAAAGAUAUUCAAAACGUUUCAAUUCUAAAAAACUAAUAAAUAUUUUUAUUUUUAAAAUUUAGGGAAAACAAAACUUCAUUGUUUUAUCGUGUGGUAUAUUUAUUGGAGUUGUUGGUGUUGUUUUGGUUGGAAUUUCAAAUCAACUAUAG